AUGGCAGCGGCGCUUACGUACACGGCCUCGAAGUCGGGCUUUGACUUCGGUCUGCACAGUCGCAAUGCUCAUUUGGCAUCUCAAGGGCACGCCUUGCCCAAGGCCACAAGCACGGGCACCACCAUUGUCGGAUGUGUGUACGAGGACGGCAUCGUUCUAGGAGCAGACACCCGGGCUACGGAAGGUAGCAUUGUAGCGGACAAGAACUGCGAAAAAGUGAGGCGCGGCCAAAAGUCUGGGCAGCGGAAGAAGCAUCGGUCGAAUGUCUUGUUCGCCACCUGCCGAUCUGGAUGACUGACACCAUCCGUGCCUACCCAUCUCCCUGAUUCAGAUCCACUACAUCUCUGACAACAUCAGGUGCUGCGGAGCCGGCACUGCCGCCGAUACGGAAUUUGUGACGGCACUCAUCAGUUCCAAUAUGCAAUUACACGAACUCCACACGGGCCGCAAGCCAAGGGUGGUGACAGCGAUGACCAUGCUCAAGCAGCGGCUCUUUCAGUGAGCGGCAAUAUCAGUGCCGAGCUGAUCGGAGGAUCUCCCGCUCAUACAUGCGCUCCCCCCCUUCAUUACUCCUUCUCUUUCAGAUACCAAGGCCACGUCGGUGCAGCGCUCGUGCUUGGAGGUGUGGAUGCCACUGGCCCCCAGCUUUUCACCAUUGCGCCUCACGGAAGCACAGACAAAUUGCCUUACGUGACCAUGGGGAGUGGUUCUCUAGGUGAGAUUCCGAAUCCUCCCGAAUUCGUAGCAGCGAGCAUCACUGCUGACGCUCUGAUUUGCUCGUUCACCGCCUGCAAACAGCCGCAAUGUCCGUAUUCGAGACUGGAUGGACACCAAAGAUGUCUCGUGCAGCAGCAGUCGAACUUGUCGUGAACGCAAUUUCUGCUGGUAUCUUCAACGACUUGGGAUCCGGCUCCAACGUCGAUGUGGCGGUCAUCACCGAGAAAGAAUCCGAGUAUCUCAGGAAUUACGUCAAGCCAAAUGAGAGGGGCAUCAAGGAGGCCAAGUAUGGCGUGGGCCUCAAGGGCGUCACACCCAUCACAAAGGAAAAGAUUUGGGAGAUGCUUGUGAAGGAGGGUAAGUCUGAGCGCGUGUCAUCAGCGACCGCGCGCCACUGGUGGCCCACAGUUACUGACUUCGCGUAAUCACUGUUCCUGCUCAAGACGUCUUGGAGCUCGGCAAGCCUCCUCAAGCUGCUGUCGCUACUGGCGAAGCUAUGGAUCAGUCAUAG